AUGGCCGAGAAAUCGGCGAUGGUCGUGCGAGAAAUCUGUCCGGAGGAGUGGAUUGGUCUCUGUCGCAUCAAGGACACUCAAGUGGUGAUCCGCAUGGCCGCCACCAGUACCUCCACGGUGAUCUGCACCCUGGCGCACGGCAAGCGCAUCAUGGUGGAACAGGCCAUUCGUGGCGGCAAAGGAAAGAUCUGGGGUCGCAUCUCCAACCCAGUGGCAGGUUGGGUCCUCUUGGCUGAUCAACAGAAUGGCUACAAGGCGGUUUCCAAGGCCAACGUCCCCAGCCCGGUGCAAGAGCACGCAGCUCAUCGGACGUCGCGCAGCGAGACCCCGAAGACCCUCAGCGGUGCCCUGCGCUCCAUGGCCAGCGGCCAGUCCUACGGCAGCCGCGACAGCGCCGGCAGCGGCGCGUCGGCCUCAAAGGGCUCGGCCGUGCCCAGGGAGACAUCAAAAGACUAG